AUGUUGAAAUCAGAAUUUCAACACCAGUUUUGGGUAACCAAAAAAGCAGUUCAGAGGAAAUUAGGAACAAAAGAAGAUGAGAACAUUGUUGCCUCUGAUGGAGAACUGGAUUCGAAAAUCGAACUUUUCCAAUCCGUAACGGAGACAAGCCGACAAUUGUACCGAAUAAUUGAUCAAUAUCAGGAACGUGUAUGCAUCCUUGCCCAGGAAGAAAAUUCUCUGGGAAAGUUUUUGCGUGAGGUUAGCAAAGAAAAUCCGACUACGGGAAAAUUGUUGUCAAAUACGGGAAAAGCUGUUUCCUAUUGCGGGCAGCAGCGUAUAACAAUCCGGGUGCCUUUACUGCGGCUCCAUCAUGAUGUGCAUACGUUUAAAGGAAGGGCCAUCGCUGACACUCAUAACACAAUCCAAUCCAUGGAGAAGGAACGAACUGAGUACAGGGCCGCUCUCAGCUGGAUGAAAUCGGUUAGCAUUCAACUGGAUCCCGAUACCGGACGAGGCCUGGAAAAAUUUCGCAAGGCCCAACGGCAUGUAAAAACGGCGAAAACGAAGUUUGAUAAAUACACGUUGGACUGUUUGGAAAAGAUUGAUUUGUUGGCAGCAGCGCGAUGCAAUAUGUUUUCCCACGCCCUAGUUGGAUAUCAGAAUGCUUUGCUGCUAUUUGCAAAAAAGAGCAGUGAAACAUACAAAACAACUUUGAAAAGUCUAUCGAAAGAUCCCCAUUAUAACUUUUCUAUUCUGAGGGAGCUAACGCAAGCUAAUCCGAAUGCCAGGGAUCAAGAAGAUGGAGAUCAAGCCGACAAGCCAGUAGACAAUGACCAGAUGUUAUUUUUCCAGGAUGAUUAUAAAGAUGAUACAACAGCUGAGAAACAGGCAAAACUCCAAACACAUGAUAAUAUUCUUCCCAAAAUUCCUACAGAUGUAGACUUAUUAGCGGGAGUUUCUGAGCAGCAACACAAUGCUAACGCUGAGCCGGAGAAUGUGGCUAGCUCCACUGACCUGUUGGGGUUGGCUCUAGGGGAAGAAUUUUCAGAUUUUCUUUCUGCUCCAGCUCCCUUUAUGCCGUCAACAUUACUCGCUAAGACGGAAUCGAUGCAGCUUUCAUUUAACGAAUUACCCAAUCUGGCAGCGAACGAAAAACCAUCCGAAAAAUCUUCAAAUGACAUAUUUGGAAGUUUUUUACAGGGCCUGUCGAAAAAUUCACAAGCUUGUACAUCUUCGCCCGGUAACAAUAAAGAUGAUAAUAGCAAGCGUUUGCAAAAAGAUGGCAAAUCCAGCAAGGAUCUCUCGGGAUGGUACCAACUUUUCGCUGAGCUCGAUCCACUCUCAAAUCCGGACGCGAUUCCAUCCAAAGCUGACGUUCCGAACAAUAGCUCACAGGCCUAG